AUGGAUGAUGGAGGAGGAGGAGGUGGCGGCGGCGGUGGUGGCGGCGGCGGUGGCGGCGGCGGAGGUGGAGGAGGUGGUGGAGGAGGUGGAGGAGGUGAUAUGAUGAGUGAGAUGGCUAAAGCUCUCGCCCGGCGGAAGAAAGCAACCAACGCUGGAGGUGAAGGUGGGCCGGAAAAGAAAGUCCAGCAGCAGAAUUCAGUAUCCAAAGAUGCGCCAGACAGCAAUGGGUCAAGGCCCGUCAAACCAUCCGAUGCUCGUGCUGCCUUUUCCAGGACGUCCUCACCCCCAGUUUCCUUCAACAAAUCCGGCGCCGGAUCCGGUGGGAGCAGCACGCUAGGACGGCGUGGUAGCUCGGUAACUCCAGGCGCGGCCGCUACUGCCGAUGACUUGCAGAAACUCAAGCAGGAGAUAAUGGCUGAAGUGAAGAAGGAAAUACAAAGUGCUAAAGAAGAGAUCCUUCAAGCUAUUAUGGGCUUGCGGAACUAACAAGUGAUCGUCACCAGCGCACGCGCACGCACGCAGCCGGAGGUUGCGAGGUUUGCAACAGUGGCCGUGAGUCCUUCAAGUGCCAGCACACCCAUAGUUUCUCAACCCGGUGGCGGGAUGUUACAGAAACGAAUGCUGCCGGCAACUCACUCAACUCACCGUUUGACUGCAAGCUACAAGUUGCCGUUGCCUUGCCGUUCCACAUCCGCCAAUGCUCCGUACCCCAAUUCGGGCUGUGCAGUGGCACCAUGCCACAUGCAUGCCCAUUUUUUAUCAUUGCAAGUCCACUGCAUCACCUCAGCAGUACAUGCCCCCAUCACCUCAGCAGUACAUGCCCCCAUCACCUCAGCAGUACAUGCCCCCGCCGUGCGUUAUGCUAGUCUUUAACUUAUGCUUGAACGAUGCUUGCGUUAGAUUUUGACGACAAUUUUCUCUACUCAAUGUGAUUCUGUGUCCCGCUCAAUGAUUGUCUUGUCACAUAAUUGUUCCCGUCUUGCCUACCCGGGGUUUUGUAUUCUUAGGUUUUUCAUAAUUGUAGUCGUGUGCCGCGGGGUGGAGCUGUGCUUAUUGCAACUCGCUGAUUCCUUUGUUAUCGUCGCCAUCAUGUGCCACGUCUGCGGCACCCGCCAGUGACGUGACUAUUACCAUCAUAGUAAAGCCUCUCUUUUUGUGUCUCAACAGUUACAGACUGCAAAUACUUGCCCUCUAGUACGCAUACGGAGUAUCUUCUGCGACUGUCUGUUCAUAAUCCAGCCAUACUUCAUCACUGUCUGAUCAUAAUGCAUUCUUCUCGUGUGAUUGCUCACAUAGUCAAA